AUGAGCUUCAGCGGCGCCGACGCGCUGCUGGGCGCCUUCGCGCCGCUUCACGGAGGCGGCAGCCUGCACUACGCGCUGGCUCGCAAGGGCGGCGCGGCUGGAGCGCGCUCUGCAGCCGGCUCCUCGAGCGGCUUCCACUCAUGGGCGCGGACAUCAGUGAGCUCCGUGUCCGCCUCUCCGAGUCGCUUCCGCGGCGCGGGAGCCGCCUCCAGCACCGACUCGCUAGACACGCUGAGCAACGGACCCGAGGGCUGCGUGGUGGCGGCGGCGGCGGCGCGCAGCGAGAAGGAGCAGCUGCAGGUGCUGAACGACCGCUUCGCGGGCUACAUCGACAAGGUGCGGCAGCUCGAGGCGCACAACCGGAGCCUGGAGGGCGAGGCGGCGGCGCUGCGGCAGCAGCAGGCAGGCAGGGCCGCCAUGGGCGAGCUGUACGAGCGCGAGAUGCGCGAGAUGCGCGGCGCCGUGCUGCGCCUGGGCGCGGCGCGCGGACAGCUGCGCCUGGAGCAAGAGCACCUGCUGGAGGACAUCGCGCACGUGCGCCAGCGCCUAGACGACGAGGCCCGGCAGCGCGAGGAGGCUGAGGCGGCGGCGCGCGCCCUUGCGCGCUUUGCGCAGGAGGCCGAAGCGGCGCGCGUCGAGCUGCAGAAGAAGGCGCAAGCCCUGCAGGAGGAGUGCGGCUACUUGCGGCGCCACCACCAGGAGGAGGUGGGCGAGCUGCUCGGCCAGAUCCAGGGCUCCGGCGCCGCGCAGACGCAGGCUCAGGCCGAGGCGCGCGACGCCCUCAAGUGCGACGUGACGUCGGCGCUGCGUGAGAUCCGCGCGCAGCUCGAAGGCCACGCCGUGCAGAGCACGCUCCAGUCCGAGGAGUGGUUCCGAGUGAGGCUGGACCGUCUGUCAGAAGCAGCCAAGGUGAACACAGACGCCAUGCGCUUGGCACAGGAGGAGAUAACUGAGUACCGUCACCAGCUGCAGGCCAGGACCACAGAGCUGGAGACUCUCAAAAGCACCAAGGACUCGCUGGAGAGGCAGCGCUCUGAGCUGGAGGACCGUCAUCAGGCCGACAUCGCAUCCUACCAGGAAGCCAUCCAGCAGCUGGAUGCCGAGCUGAGGAACACCAAGUGGGAGAUGGCAGCCCAGCUCCGAGAGUACCAGGACCUGCUCAAUGUCAAGAUGGCUCUGGAUAUUGAGAUCGCUGCUUACAGAAAACUCCUGGAGGGUGAAGAAUGUCGGAUUGGCUUUGGCCCAAGUCCUUUCUCCCUUCCAGAAGCACUCCCCAAAAUCCCCACCAUAUCCACUCACAUAAAAGUCAAAAGCGAAGAGAAGAUCAAGGUGGUAGAAAAGGCAGAGAAGGAAACUGUGAUUGUGGAGGAACAGACAGAGGAGGUCCAACUGACUGAAGAAGUGACUGAAGAAGAAGAAAAAGAGGCCAAAGAGGAGGAGGCUGAGGGCGAGGAAGGAGGAGAAGAAGCAGCAGCAAAAUCUCCUCCAGCAGAAGAGGCUGCAUCCCCAGAGAAAGAGGAGGCCAAGUCACCUGCCAAGGCCAAGUCCCCAGUGAAGGCAGAGGCCAAGUCCCCAGAAAAGGCUGAGUCCCCUAUGAAAGAAGAAGCAAAAUCACCAGCUGAGGCCAAGUCCCCUGAGAAGGCCAAGUCCCCAGCAGAAGUCAAGUCCCCAGAGAAGGCCAAAUCCCCUGUGAAAGAAGAGGCCAAAUCCCCAGAGAAGGCCAAGUCCCCAGUGGAGGUGAAGUCCCCAGAGAAGGCCAAGUCCCCUGUGAAGGAAGAAGCCAAAUCCCCAGAGAAGGCCAAAUCCCCUGUGAAAGAAGAGGCCAAAUCCCCAGAGAAGGCCAAGUCCCCUGUGAAGGAGGAGGCCAAAUCCCCAGAGAAGGCCAAGUCCCCAGAGAAGGUCAAAUCCCCUGUGAAGGAGGAGGCCAAAUCCCCAGAGAAGGCCAAGUCCCCAGAGAAGGCCAAAUCCCCUGUGAAGGAGGAGGCCAAGUCCCCAGAGAAGGCCAAGUCCCCAGAGAAGGCCAAAUCCCCUGUGAAGGAGGAGGCCAAAUCCCCAGAGAAGGCCAAGUCCCCAGUGAAGGAAGAGGCCAAAUCUCCAGAGAAGGCCAAGUCCCCAGUGAAGGAAGAGGCCAAAUCCCCAGAGAAGGCCAAGUCUCCAGUGGAGGUGAAGUCUCCAGAGAAGGCCAAGUCCCCCGUGAAGGAAGAGGCCAAAUCCCCAGAAAAGGCCAAGUCCCCCGUGAAGGAAGAGGCCAAGUCCCCAGAGAAGGCCAAGUCCCCCGUGAAGGAGGAGGCCAAAUCCCCAGAGAAGGCCAAGUCCCCAGUGAAGGAAGAGGCCAAAUCUCCAGAGAAGGCCAAGUCCCCAGUGAAGGAAGAGGCCAAAUCCCCAGAGAAGGCCAAGUCCCCUGUGAAGGAGGAGGCCAAGUCCCCAGAGAAGGCCAAGUCCCCUGUGAAAGAAGAGGCCAAAUCCCCAGAGAAGGUGAAGUCUCCUGUGAAGGAGGAGGCCAAGGCUCCUGAGAAAGAGGUCCCAAAGAAGGAGGCAAAGUCCCCUGUGAAGGAGGAAGUGAAAGCCAAAGAGCCCCCAAAGAAGGCAGAGGAAGAGAAAGCUCCAGCCACACCAAAAACUGAGGAGAAGAAAGACAGCAAGAAAGAUGAGGUGCCCAAGAAGGAGGCCCCAAAGGCCGAGGUCCAGGAGAAGAAGGAGCCCGCUGUGGAAAAACCCAAAGAACCCAAAGUUGAAGCCAAGAAGGAAGAGGCUGAAGAUAAGAAAAAAGCAACUACCCCAGAGAAGGAGGCUGCUGCAAAGGGGAAGGAAGAAGCCAGACCCAAAGAGAAGGCUGAGGUGGCCAAGAAGGAACCAGAUGACGCCAAGGCCAAAGAACCCAGCAAAGCAGCGAAGGAGCCGGAAAAGCCAAAGAAGGAAGAGACGCCAGCGGCCCCUGAGAAGAAGGACGCCAAGGAAGGGAAGGCCACAGAGGCCAAGAAACCUGAGGAGAAACCCAAAGCAGAGGCCAAGGAGGAGCCCAGCAAGGAGGCCUCCACGCCCGACAAAGCCAAGGCAGAAAAGGCCGAGAAAUCCUCCAGCACAGACCAGAAAGACAGCAGGCCUGCAGAGAAGGCCCCAGAAGACAAGGCCACCAAGGGAGAGAAGUAAGGUGGGGAGAAGGGACCAUGCAGAGCAGCCAAAGAAACUCAGGAGGGGCUGGGAGCUCAAGGGUGGGUGUGACGAAUUUUCAUUUUUCCUCCCUUUUCUUUAAGAAGAAACUCUGCUUAGACGAUGGGCCCUGCUUCACCAAACAGGAAUUUCUAUUAGCAAUAGGUUAGCAAGAGAGGGUCCUCCCAAACCCCGGCCCCACGCCCCAAACCCUCCCUAGGCGAUGGACAAUUAUGUUAUGAUAGCUUAUGUAGCUGAAUGUGAUAUAUGCCGAAUGCCACACGUAAACACUUGACUAUAAAAACUGCCCCCCUCCUCUUCAAAUAAGUGCAUUUAUUUCCUGUAUGUGCAACUGACAGAUGACCGCAAUAAUGAAUGAGCAGUUAGAAACACAUUAUGCUUGAGAUGUCUUAACCUAUUCCUGAAUGCCUUCUGUUUUCCAAAGGAGUGGUCGAGCCCUUGCCCAAAGCUCUCUAUCCUGGAAGAGCUGGAGCAGGUGGGGCUGGGCGCUGGCCACUGAACCAUGCCAGGGCGCACUUUUCCACUGGAGUCCACUUUCAAUUGCUUCUGUGCAAUAAA